UUAUUGCAAGAUGUAAAUGUGAAUGCAGAUUUUUGCUACAUAGAAGAGAUAGAUGGUGCAUCAAGGGACUAUUGUGAUGAAACAAACACAGAAUAUCCAUGCAACCCAAACAAAGGGUAUUAUGGGCGUGGCCCAAUUCAAAUAUCAUGGAACUUCAACUAUGGGCCUGCAGGGAAGAACAUUGGGUUUGAUGGGCUCAAUGCACCUGAGACUGUGGCCAAUGACCCUGUUGUGGCCUUCAAGACUGGACUUUGGUAUUGGAUGGAGAAUGUGAGACCUGUGGUUAGCCAAGGCUUUGGUGCAACCAUUAGAGCCAUCAAUGGUCAACUUGAGUGUGAUGGUGCUAACCCUACCACUGUUCAGGCUAGGGUUAAUUAUUACAAACAAUAUUGUUCACAAUUAGGUGUUGACCCUGGUGAUAAUCUUACUUGCUAGUUGCUUGUGACUACUUCUAAACUCAUCAUUAUUUAGGGUUAUAAAUUUGGAUAUCAUGUCAUACAUACAUUUAUGUCAAUAAAGAUCUCACUCAUGAAUGAGAUCCUAUUUAGGAAUUUGAGGAAAGUAACAUAUAUACAAGUUUUAA